UUCCCUUUCUUUAGCGCCGCGCUUCAUCAGCCGCCAGAGGCGCUAGAGAAGUCUGCUGCGUGGCUGGCCGCCGGGCAUCUUGAUUCGCCGCCUAGCGUUGAAAGUCAAAUCGCGAAUUCCUAAAAUCCCCACCCAACUCCUCACUAGCGCAGACCGCAGCCGGCUUGAGCCUGCGCCCGAGCCCGAGCCCGCCCCUCUCCCCAGCCCCGCCAAUGGCCGCUGCCUCCCUCGCCGUCCGCUGGGCCGUCGGCGCCGCCCUCGCCGCCGUGAUCGCCGCGCGCGCCGUCCGGCGCCGCUCGCUCGACGCCUCGGGCGGGGUCGCCGGGUUCGCCGUCAUGGCGAUCCACCUCGCCUGCGGCUACAGGUACGGGGCGCUGCUGCUGGCCUUCUUCUUCACCUCCUCCAAGGUCACCAAGAUCGGCGAGGACCGCAAGCGCCGCCUCGAGGAGGACUUCAAGGAGGGGGGCCAGCGCAACUGGAUCCAAGUUCUAGCAAAUAGUGCAAUAGCUACUGUAUUGGUCAUCGUAUUGGCAAUAAUGACUGGGGGGCAAGAUCAAUGCUUGGACUCGAAUGACUCAAAGGUUAUAACUGGUAUUAUAGGUGCUAUUAUUGGCCACUAUUGCUGCUGUAAUGGAGACACUUGGUCAUCUGAAAUUGGUGUGCUUAGUGAUGAACAACCACGGCUUAUCACCACACUUAAGCCUGUCAGGAAAGGUACAAAUGGUGGAGUUACCUUUCAAGGACUUCUUGCUGCCACAGGAGGAGGCCUAACCAUUGGUCUCACAUUUACUGCUGUGGGACUCAUGACUGCUAAAUGUUCUUUUGAUAUGGCCCUUCGACAACUCCUAGUAAUACCCAUCUCUGCUGCUGCUGGUUUGCUUGGGAGUCUAAUUGAUUCGUUGCUGGGUGCCACACUCGAGUUCAGUGGAUACUGCAGUGUUCGAAAGAAGGUGGUCAGUAAACCGGGGCCUACUGUUACCAAGAUUUCUGGAAUGACUAUCCUGGAUAAUGAUGCUGUUAAUGCAAUCUCUGUGCUACUAACAGCUGCGAUUACAGCUUAUGUGUGUAUUUGCUUAUUCUAGAAGCAGAGUUGAGACUUUUCACUUGUUCUGUUCAGUAAUGUCAUAUGUAAUGUAAUUUAGAUUCAAAGCGCCAAAGGAUAUGAUGUUUACGCCAAAAAAAAUAAAUCGUGAAAUGAUCGAUGGAAAUCUUUGUGCGGCCGUUUUUGCUCA